UCGGUGGGCGGAGCUGGAGAAGGCUCGGUCUCGUGUGUCAGCUGCAGGACAGGAAGAAUCCGGAGUGUGAGCGCUGCCUGCACAGGGAUAUCCUCCCACUCCCAGCACUGCCAGCCCGGAUACCCAGCACUGCCAGCCAGGAUACCCAGCACUGCCCUCCUCCCACUGCCAGCCAGUACAGACCCCCAGCCUGGGUCUGCCCGCUCCCCCCGGGAUGGAAGGUUCGGUCCACUCGGUUCUCUGGUUCCGUAAGGGGCUGCGGCUGCACGAUAACCCGGCUCUGCAGGCUGCCCUGCGGGGGGCGCGCUCCGUGCGGUGUGUCUACAUCCUGGACCCCUGGUUCGCAGCCUCCUCCUCCGGGGGGGUCAACCGCUGGAGGUUCCUCUUGCAGUCACUGGAAGAUCUGGACACCAGCUUAAGGAAACUGAACUCCCGGCUUUUCGUAGUAAGAGGACAACCUGCUGAUGUUUUCCCGCGGCUCUUUAAGGAGUGGGGCGUGACACGUCUUACCUUUGAAUAUGACUCCGAACCUUUUGGAAAGGAGAGAGAUGCCGCCAUCAUGAAAUUGGCCAAGGAAGCUGGCGUGGAAGUAAUUGUGGAGAAUUCACACACCUUGUAUGAUUUGGACAGGAUUAUAGAGCUUAAUGGUCACAGCCCUCCGCUUACCUACAAAAGGUUUCAGGCCAUCAUCAGCCGCAUGGACCUGCCACGCAGGCCAUGCCCAAGUGUCACACCACAGCAAAUGGAAACGUGCAAGGCAGAAAUCCAUCGCAAUCACGAUGCAACGUACGGGGUGCCAUCUUUGGAGGAACUAGGGUUCCAGUAUGACAAUCAGGGGCUCGCUGUGUGGCCUGGAGGGGAAACGGAGGCUCUGGCACGUCUAGAUAGGCACCUGGAGCGGAAGGCUUGGGUGGCAAACUAUGAGAAGCCACGAAUGAACGCAAACUCCCUGUUGGCAAGUCCUACCGGUCUGAGUCCUUACCUGCGCUUCGGAUGCCUGUCCUGCAGACUCUUUUACUACCGGCUGAGGGAGCUGUAUCAGAAAGUCAAGAAAAACAGUCCUCCACCACUGUCUCUGUAUGGUCAGCUCCUUUGGAGAGAAUUCUUUUACACGGCUGCCACCAACAACCCCAAAUUUGACCAGAUGGAAGGCAAUCCAAUUUGUGUGCAGAUCCCCUGGGACCGGAACCCACAGGCCCUUGCCAAAUGGGCCGAAGGAAAAACGGGGUUUCCCUGGAUUGAUGCCAUCAUGACGCAGCUGAGGAAGGAAGGCUGGAUCCACCACUUGGCUAGGCACGCCGUAGCUUGCUUCUUGACCCGAGGAGAUCUGUGGAACAGCUGGGAAUGUGGAGUGAAGGUGUUUGAUGAGCUCCUCCUGGAUGCUGAUUUCAGUGUCAAUGCUGGCAGCUGGAUGUGGCUCUCGUGUAGCGCCUUCUUUCAGCAGUUCUUCCAUUGUUACUGCCCCGUGGGGUUUGGGAAGCGGACAGAUCCCAGUGGAGACUACAUCAGGAGGUACCUUCCCGUCUUAAAGAAUUUCCCAUCUCGCUACAUAUACGAGCCGUGGAAUGCUCCAGAAUCUGUGCAGAAAGAAGCCAAGUGCAUUGUGGGUGUCGACUACCCCAAACCUAUUGUAAACCAUGCAGAAGCUAGUAGGUUGAACAUUGAACGUAUGAAACAGACAUAUCAGCAACUGUCCCGCUACAGAGGCCUCUGUAUCCUGGCUUCUGUCCCAUCAUGUACCGAGGAUAUUAGCAACCCCAUUCCAGAGGAUGCCUCCAGCCACAAGAAUGUUUCAGAUCCAGAUGCAGUACACAGUAUCUCACAGAAGUUUAAAGAAUUUACGUGGACUGCGCCGUGCGCAGCAAAAGACGGCUUCAGUGGCAUCUGACGUAUAUCCUAAUAAUGAGAUUACUGGGGGCAAGCCGGAAUUGGGUGAAGAUCUACAAAUAACAUCCAGGCUACUUUAGCCUAUUGUUUACUAAAUAUGUAAAAAGGAAUUAUUAUUUUUAUAAUUUAAAAUUUCUCUAUGUAAUUACCAAGUGUGCACUGUUUUUAGUUAUAGAGCGAGCCCCCUCCCUCCCACCACCAAGAAAAA